AUGGAAGAGGGUCAUACGGCUACAGCUAUUCUAGACGAUCGUAGGGACAAUAGUUACCAAAUUAUCUAUCCACAAGACAUUUGUGUGAAAGAAGACGUGGUGUUAGACAGUACAGUAGUUGGUUUAUCUAAGCAGCGGAUGGAAGUUCUCAAUGUCUUUCAAGGCGAUGCUAUUCUUAUCAAAGGCAAAAAGCGCAAGGAAUCUUUGUUCGUAGUAAAGCGAAUGGACAUUCCAGAAGAUAAGAUAGUGCUAGUCCGAGGAGGAUGUGAGAAUCUGUGUGUUAGAGUAGGUGAUUUCGUGAAGCUUUAUCGUUUAACAGAAGAUACCUUAAUUGUCAAGCGAGCAACCAUUCUACCCGUUCGAGAGGACUUGGAAGGCGUUCAGUUGCACGUAUAUGACCUACUUAAGGAGUACUUUGAAGCGGCUAUUCGGCCCAUUCACUUGCAUGAUACUAUCACUAUCAAGAAAAACAAAGUAUUCCGGUUUAAGGUAACUCAAGUUAAGGCGGAAGGAUUUGAUUAUGGCUUGGUUGGUGAGGAUACAGAGAUCUUUUGUGAGGGCGAGAUAAGUGAGGAAGAAUUGUUAGUUGAGAAGAACAUGAUUGGUUAUGAUGAUAUUGGUGGUUGCCGUAAGCAGAUGGCUAAAAUCAGAGAGCUGGUUGAUCUACCACUACGUCAUCCUAUUCUGUUCCAGAAACUAGGUGCAAGACCGCCUCGAGGUAUUCUUAUGCACGGUCCGCCGGGUACGGGUAAGACCAUGAUUGCCAGGGCAGUAGCUAAUGAAUCGGGUGCUUUCUUCUUCCUAAUUAACGGUCCAGAGAUUAUGUCUAAACUCUCCGGAGAAAGUGAGAACAACUUGCGGAAAGCCUUUAAAGAAGCCGAGAAGAAUAGUCCGAGUAUUAUCUUUAUUGAUGAAAUUGAUGCAAUUGCUCCUAAACGGGAUAAGAGUCAUGGUGAGGUUGAAAAACGAGUAGUAAGUCAGCUGCUAACUCUAAUGGACGGACUUAAUCCCCGAGCAACCAUUAUUGUUAUUGGUGCAACUAACCGACCCAAUUCUUUAGACCCGGCCCUAAGAAGGUUUGGCCGAUUUGAUCGUGAGAUUGAAAUAGGUAUUCCUGACUUUGCCGGGCGUUUGGAAAUCAUGCGUAUUCAUACCAAGAACGUUCUGCUAGCUGAAGAUACGGACAUUGAAAAAAUAGCUAAGGACACUCAUGGUUACACGGGUAGUGAUUUAGCUUCACUAUGUUCAGAAGCAGCUAUGCAGCAAAUUCGGGAGAAAAUGCACUUGUUUGAUCUAGAUAGCAAUAUGUUGGACAUCAAUGCCUUGAACUCUUUAGCCGUGACUCAGAGUAACUUUGAGUAUGCUAUGCGCCAUACCGAUCCAAGUUCUUUAAGAGAGACUGUUCUGGAAGCUCCUAAUGUAACUUGGAGUGAUAUUGGUGGCUUGGAGCAGGUCAAGGCUGAGUUGCAGGAGAUGGUACAGUACCCGGUUGAGUACCCGGAAUUAUACCGGGAAUUCGGCAUGAGUCCUUCUCGGGGGGUGCUUUUCUAUGGGCCGCCCGGUUGUGGAAAGACUUUACUAGCUAAGGCUAUUGCUAGUCAGUGUAAUGCUAAUUUCAUUUCCAUUAAGGGUCCAGAACUUCUUACUAUGUGGGUGGGUGAAAGUGAAGCCAAUUUACGUGAGAUCUUUGAUAAGGCCCGUUCUGCUUCGCCUUGUGUUCUUUUCUUUGAUGAAAUUGACUCGAUUGCCCGGGCUCGUGGUGGGGCUGGUGAUCGGACUAGUGGAGGUGUGACUCAGAUUCUUAACCAGAUGUUGAUUGAAAUGGACGGUAUGAACUCUAAGAAGAACGUCUUUGUAAUUGGGGCAACUAAUCGUCCUGAUGUCCUUGAACCUGCUUUAUUACGUCCGGGUCGACUUGACCAGUUGAUUUACAUUCCAUUACCGGAUGAAAAGAGUCGACUGAGUAUUCUACGGGCCAAUCUUAAACGAUCGCCUCUUCAUGAAGAUGUUAACUUGGAUGAAAUUGCCACUCGUACGGCCGGCUUCUCUGGGGCUGACCUGACCGAAAUCUGUCAAACAGCUUGUAAACUGGCGAUUAAGGAGCGAAUUGAGGCAGAGAUUCGCCGGAAGAAGGACCAGAUGGAAAUUCAGGGUGAUUCAGUGCCUCCAACAGCCCCGGCUGUACCUUCAGUUCCGUCCUUUGUGCGUACGGAGCACUUCACGCGGGCCCUGGAAACAGCCCGGCGUAGUGUGAGUGAAGAGGAAGAACGUAAGUACGAGGGAUUCCAGCACCGGUUCCGAGGCGGUCUUGGCUCUUUUGCCGAUAGUAUGGAUGAUGCCGGUUUGUACAACUAA